AUGGCUAAAACCUCUCUUCCUCUCGCCGCCUCCUUCUUUCUCCUCCUCAUCUCCUCCGCCGCUGCCGCAGACACCGGCCGUCUCUUCCUCACCGUCGUCAACCACUGUCCCUUCACCGUCUGGCCAGCCAUUCAGCCCAACGCAGGCCAUCCCGUCCUCGAGAAAGGUGGCUUCGCUCUCCCAACCAACACCCACCGCUCCUUCUCCGUACCAACCACCCACUGGUCCGGACGCAUCUGGGGUCGAACCGGCUGCUCCGGCCACAACGGAUACCUCUCCUGCGUCACCGGAGACUGUGGCCACCGCCUCGAAUGCAACGGACUCGGCGGCCAAACUCCAGCUUCCUUAGCUCAAUUCGACCUCCACCACGGAGGACACAGAGACUUAUCAUCUUACGGCGUCUCUCUCGUCGACGGCUAUAACGUUCCGAUGACUGUGACUCCUCAUGAAGGCCAAGGUGUAUGUCCCGUCGUUGGCUGCCGUGAAGACCUCCUGAAAACGUGUCCACCUCAUCUUCAGCUCAGGGACAGAUACGGUGGACACGUGGUGGCUUGUAAGAGUGGGUGUGAGGCGUUCCGUACGGAUGAGUUGUGUUGUCGGAAUCAUUACAAUAGUCCUCAGACGUGUCGUGCUUCGACCCACUCUCUGUUCUUUAAGCACGCGUGUCCGUCAACUAUUACAUUUGCUCAUGAUAGUCCUUCGCUUAUGCAUGACUGUUCUUCUCCUAGAGAGCUCAAAGUUAUCUUCUGCCACUAA